AUGCCCAAGCGCACCAUGGGAGGGAGGGCCGACACUGGGUUCGACGCCAUGGCGCACAAAGCAUCCAAGCACCGUGCGAAGCUGCACAUGGAGAAACCCCUCCCCGCCGGCGAGGGGUCCAGCCGGCAGCAGGGCGGCCGUGACGUCGUCGACCACGUCCAGGCUCCGGUGCAGGUGUCACCUAUGCUGGAGCAGGUGACUCCUCUGCCACGCCAUCUGCCUUCUCUGCCGCAGCCCGUGGUCAACGUAGCUGCUCUGGCUCCUCAGACGGAGCAGGUGACGCCUCCUGUGCCCGAGCCUGUGGUCGUCGCAACACCGCCAUUUAUGUGGGCCCCGCUAGCUGCUCUGGCUCCUCAGACAGAGCAGGUGUCUCCUCUGUCGCGGGUGACGCCUCCGGUGCCCGAGCCUGUGGUCGCUGGCGACGUCAACAAAGACGACGUUAGUAGCUCCUCUGGCUCCUCUGCCGGAGCAGGUGGUGGCUCCUCAGCCUCAGCCGGGUGUUCGUCUGCCGCGGAUGUUGCCUCCCCUGCCCCCACCUGUGGUCGUCACCGACGAGAACGAAGAAGAGGCAAGCUUGGGAAAAAUGUGUGGCAAAAUGUGGUCCUAAGUGACGACGUCGACAGCGACCAAGAAACCCAGAGGAUCUACAGGAGGCAGAAGGCGAGGGAGCUGAACAGUGGUGUGCUUGAGAAACGUAUCAGGCCAUGA